UGAUUUUUGUUUGUGUUGUUGUUUUUGCGCGCGCUCUGCGGAACGUGUGAGAAAAGUGGAACGAGCGAAACGAGUGGCAGUGUUGUUGUGUUUCAGCUGCUGCUGAUUCAACCAGCGAACAGCAACAACAACGCAAGUGUUGACAACAAGAGAGCAAAAGAGAGAGAGAGACAAAGAGAGAGCGAAACAGCUGGGCAAAAGAAGCAACCGAUCAGACGCAGUGUCUCCAUAGAAGGCAAACAAGAGAGAAAGAGAGUAGGCGAGAGAAGCUAGCGAGCGAGGCUGCCACCCGCCACCCACUGCCAUCAGCCAUCCACCAUCUGCCACCCCCAGCCGGACGCUGCCCAUUGACCUCCAGUGUGGAGGCACUGCAUCAUUGGCAACAGCUGUGGUAGCAGCUAGAAGAGGAGCAAUUCCGGCGGUCAGCAGUCACCACCGGCCAUCCCCCCCAGCAGCCGCUGCAUCAUGUCCGCGGACUCGCCACGCCGUCAUCCCUCUGGCGUGGUCGGUUCCGGCAUUGGAUUGGGCUCCGGAUCCGGUACUGGCUUGGGCUCCGGCUCUGCCGGUGGCAGCAAAUCGGGUGCCGCCGUGCCGGCCAUUGUACCUCCGCAAACAGUGUCGGAUCGAUCGAUCCUUGACUCGGCCAUUGGUUUCAUCAACGAUGUGACGCUGGCCAAUCAGCCGGUGCAAGAUCCCAAGGACACGAUCACCUGGGCCCGUUUCGAAACGUGUGCGGAUGUAAGCGAUCCACGUUUCGGUGAUGACUGGGAACUGGAGGGAAAUGCAGCGCCACCACUACUGCUGAUUCUCGGCUACGGUCUGGGCGUCCAAGUGUGGGCCAUACCAGCCAACGGCGAGGCGGUCGAGGUGCUAUCCUGGCGUCACGGCGUCGUCACUGCGCUUCGUGUGCUGCCCACGCCGGCCACGGCUGUAGCUCUGGAUGAGAAUGGUCGCGCGGAUGAGCCGGUCGAUGCGUUUGCCGAGAAGCGUCCCCUGGUGGCGUUCGUCGACGGAGGCAGUGCAGCGGCCAGUGGUCUACUGGCUGGCAGCUCGGGAUUGGGUCUGGGUGGCGGCAGCGGAGGAGUCACAACAGUUGGCGGAUCGGUUGGAGGUGUCGGUGGCAUCGGCAUGUCGGCCGCUGCCCAAUUCAGUGCCGUAAACUUCAUGUCCCUGAAAACGGGUGUCCAGGUGAAGACGAUCAAGUUCAAAAACGCCGUGCUGGACAUCCAGGCCAAUCGAUCGGCGGUGGUCAUCACGUUCCACGAACGGAUAGCCGUCUUUGAUGCCAGGACACUGGAGGACCGUCUCACUAUUACCACCUGCUAUCCCAGUCCGGGGAUCAACCCCAAUCCCAUUGCUCUGGGACCGCGCUGGCUGGCGUAUGCGGAGCAUAAACUACUCCACUCCAAGCGCAGCGGCGGCGGAUGCGAUGGCGAGGGCGUUCCCAGCUACACGGCCACUGUUCUCAAUGCGGCCAAAUCCCUGAGCAAGGGACUGCGAGAGUUUGGGGAACAGGUGGCCGCCGGCCUAACGGGCACCACCGCCGGCAGCGGAGCCAGCUCCAAAAGCAGCAGCUUCGACUCGGCCAGCGGCGGUCCGGAUGCCAAGCAGUCCGGUGUGGUCACCAUCAUCGAUGUGAAGCAUCCGGUGAAGGACUACAGCCCCACGUCGGGUACUCCGUUGAGCUCCACAGCUGGCUCACAGGGCGGCGGCGAUCCCAUCGUUGCUCACUUUGUGGCCCACAGCGAGGCUCUGGUGGCCAUGGAGUUCGACAGCUCCGGUAUGCUGCUUCUCACCGCCGAUCGACGCGGUCAUGAUUUCCACGUGUUUCGCGUACAACCGCAUCCUGUCGGUCCAAGCCUGGCUGCCGUGCACCACCUGUACGUGCUACAUCGCGGCGACACUAGCGCCAAGGUGCAGCACAUUGCCUUCUCGCUGGACUCGCGCUGGGCUGCCGUGUCCACGUUGCGCGGCACCACCCACGUCUUCCCAAUCACGCCCUACGGCGGCGCCAUGGGCGUACGCACGCACACCUCGCUGCAUGUGGUCAAUAAGCUGUCCCGCUUCCACCGGAGCGCCGGCCUCGGAGCCGAUGGACGCUCCAGUUCGCCGAUCUCGCACUCGGAGAGCACGACGUUCGUGCAGUCACUGCAGCCGUAUCAUAAUCCCACUUUGCCGCCGUAUCCGCGGCCUUCGGUGGUGCAGCCGCUGGCCCAGCUGCGCCAGCCCUUCACUCUAGGAUCACCGCCAGGAUCGGCGGGUCUGGGCGGUGGAGUGGGCGGCGGUGGAGUGAUGGGCUCUGGCGUUAGUUCCGGCGGUCAUGGAGUCGGUGUUGGUGUAGGCAGCAAUAGCCAACGGCAGCGACAACGCCUCUCCUCGCUGUCAGACGAUAGCGGCAAACCACUGAGUGUCUGCUCCAUCUUCGCCAAGUCGCGCUCCUGGCUGCUGGAGCCACCAAUGGCGACGCGAGAGCAGCCGCAUCGUGUCCAGCGCAAGGCGGUGGACUCGCUCUUCGUGAUGGCCGGCCACGGGGCGCUCAUCCAGUACGAUCUGGACACGAAGCUAGCCUCACAUGUUGCCAAAGAGAAGAUUUGUGAUGACACGCCCAUCGAGCUGGAGGUUGAGGCCCGCGCCCAGUGGAAUCUGGGACGGCGCAAGGAUGGAUCUCAAGAAAUCGCACCACCACUGGGGCUGGACAAUUGGCUGAUUAAGGAUCGCCAUGCCAGCCUGCUGUUGGACAGCGCCCAUCAAUUCGACGAUCAGGACGAGCGAACCGAAAGCUGGUUGGCCCAGGUGGAGAUCAUCACGCACGCUGGUCCCCACCGCCGGCUGUGGAUGGGGCCGCAGUUCGUCUUCAAGAACUACAAUACGCCCAGCGGUUCCAAUCUGAACCACGUCGAUGCAGAGGCUGUGGAAAUUGGCGUGACCAAGACGACGACCACCACGUUGCCCUCGACGGCGGCUUCAUCUGCCUUGGGAUUGGGUACGGUGGGAGGCAAGGAUCGGUCCAGUCCGCUCAAUAUGCCCCUAAGUGCAGCCACAUCGGUGGGAGGAGCUGGUAUUGGCAGUUCGGCGGUCACAGGACGCAGCGGUGCCGGUGUACCGGUUCUCAUCGAAUCCGGGUCGUACAGCAGCAUUGAGCAGAGUCCCAAGUUGAUGGAUCGCUUCCGACAUGGUCACUUGGAUUCGGAUUAUGGACACGGCGAUACACGCCUGAAGGAGGAUUUGGCGGAUGCCAUGCGAGAAUCGCCAUCAACGGCAGCAGCUCGACGUGAGACUACCGCUGCAACUGUUGAUCAGGCAGCUCCCCCGUGUGGCGAUCACCUGGCUACCGGUGCCUCGCCAGCUUCAGCGGAUCUCCUGGCUGCCGGCGCCGGAGGAAGUGCUUCCUCGAAUUGUGAUAAUGCCUGCUAUUACGAUGCACUCGCCGAGCACGAGAGUCUCAAUGAUCUGGACGAGGUGGUGGAGGAUCAGCAUCCAGAUGCAGAGACGCAUUUGCACUCAAUGGACUCCAUUUCAGCUCUGGCAUCCGUACUUCCCAACAUCUGUAGCUAUUCGCGUGUGGAGAAAAUGGUCAAUCCGCUGGGCACUGUGACGGAUCUAAAUGCUGGCAUCUCCGGUGAACUGCAGACGGAUAUGCUGGACGAGGUGGUCGGCCAACUGGCCGCCGAGGAUACGGUCAUCCAUGAGAAUUGCGAUGAGGCUCUGUUCCGGCCAGUGGUGGCCAUCUUUUGCAGUGAUCCGGCUGAGAGACAAAAGCUCCUUCAAAAGGAUCAGCAGACGGAAGAAGCGACAGCAUCGGAACUGGAACGCGAACAGGCCAGUUGCCAACCGCCCGUUGUGUUGGUCAAUAAGUUGGUUGUACCGGUGAUUGCCAAGGAGGUGGACGAGGUGCUUGUCCAGAAGGAGAAGCAAAAGUCCCAGAAGCAAUCGCACAAGGCACAGCAGCAGCAGCAGCAGCAACAACAACAACAGAAAACCCUAAGAUCCCUGGCUGCCGCCGAGGAUGCGGCACAGGCGCAGAAAUUCGCAGAGCUUUCAAAUCUCAACAAGCCCAAGGGCAACAGCAACAACAAUAAAACUGCCAGCCAGAAGAGUGGUAGUGGAACGUCCGAGGAUGAGGCCACCACCACCAUCACACUCGCCAAAUCAGCGAAGAAGGCCAAGAAUAACAAGCAAAAGACCAGCGCAAAAGUCAGCGAAAAGAAGCCAGAGCAGACGAAUCUGGACGAGAAGAAGGUUUCUGUCGAGAAAGAGGAAAACGAAGAGAGGGCUUUACCGGUGGUCAAGGAAACCACCAACAAGGAGGAUUCGGAUGCAGAGUCUGAUCAUGCAGAUAGUCUGCUAGCCAACAAAAGCAGCAUUGCGGCCGUUAUGGUGAGCAGUGCCAGUGCCCAGGGAUUAAGUUUGCACGUGGAGAUGAGUGCGCCGGAUGCGGAGCAAGACGAAGAUGAAGAGAUAGAAGAGCUCGAGGAGGAGCCACCCAAAACAAUAUCUAAAGACAACAAGAAGAAGCAAAAACCAGGAGAUGCAGUAGCAACCAUGACAAUCGACAAGGAGAAGGAAAAAGCCAAGGAGAAGGAGCUGAAGCUAAAGGAGAAAGAACGGGAAGCCAAGCUUCAGGAGAAAGAAAAAGAAGAAAGGCUUAAACAGAAGGAAAGAGAAGAGAACCUUAGGAUGGAACGAGAGGAAAAGCUUAAGGAAGAGAAGAUCAAGGAGAAGGAACGAGAGGAGAAGUUGAAAGAAGAAAAGAUCAAGGAGAAGCAAAGAGAGGAAAAACUAAAGGAGGAGAAGCUUAAGGAAAAGGAACGAGAAGAAAGGAUCAAGGAAAAAGAGCGCGAAGAAAAGGCUAAGGAGAAGCAACGAGAAGAAAAGCUAAGGGAGGAAAAGAUCAAGGAAAAGGAGAGGGAGGAAAAACUCAAGGAGAAGCUAAGGGUAGAGAAGGAGAAUGAGAAAGAAGAAAAGCUCCGAAAAGAGCGUGAAGAAAAAAUGAAGGAAAAGGAACGAGAAGAGAAAAACAAGGAGAGGGAGCGAGCUGAAAAGAUCAAGGAGAAGGAACGAGAAGAAAAGCUAAAGAAAGAAAAGGAAGAAAAGCUCAAGGAGAAGGAAGAGCUGCUCAAGAAAAAGGAGAAGGAGGAAAAGGAGAGAGAAGAAAAGCUCAAGGAAAAGGAAAGGCAAGAGAAGCUCAAGGAGAAAGAACGGGAAGAGAAGCUCAAAAAGGAAACGGAAGAGAGACAACGAGAAAAGGAAAGGGAGGAGAAGCUAAAAGAGAAAGAGAGGGCUGAAAAGCUUAAAGACCUGGAAAAAGAAGCAAAGCUAAAGGAAAAGGAAGAACAGCUCAAGGAGAAGGAAAAGGAGGUUAAACUCAAGGAGAAGAAGGAGAAAGACAAGGUCAAGGAGAAGGAGAAGUCCCUAGAAAGCGAAAAGCUCCUCAUCUCGGCAACCGUUAGCAAUCCAUGGAGGCGAGUCGUCGAGGAUGCUCCACCCAAACUGCCUGCGGUUCAGGACUAUCCCAGUCUUGGCAAGAAACCCACUAAAGCGAGUCCGGAGACGAAGCGGGAUGAAAAACUGCUGCCUGGACUGACUACUCCCCCCAAAGAGGUGAACGACACCUUUGAGGACUUCUUGAGCGGCUUAAAGCCACUGGAGGCCUUGCCACCUCUUCCUGCUCUCGAACCCCUGGAGGUUAAGGAGGACUCGAAAAAGGAAACUGUCAGUCUAAUCAACUUUGAAAGUCCGUUGCAGGAGACAGCAUCCAUACCGCGGAAGAUUUCCCCACCGCCACGUGGUUUCACCGAACAGAAUUUGAUCCUCGCCUUGUGCGGUUCCCUGCACUAUGAAAAUGAACAGGAACGUAUCCGGGAAACGGAGGCAGAGGUGCAGCCUGAGGUGGUAACUACACCGGAACCGGUAUACAUUACCCUGGAUACGAUGGUCCUGCAGAAAUCCACCUCUACAUCGAAUAACUCAUCCGGAUCUGAGGAGAUUGUCGUCAUGGAGGAACCCGUAAAGAAGCUGAGCAAGAAGCACAAGCGACUGAAGCAGCUCCAACUGCAGCAGCAGCAGCAGCAAAGGGAGCGGGAACCGGACGACGAGGAGCUGCGUCCCCUGAUCAGCAUCAGCAUGUGCGAUUCCCAGCUGGACGUGCCGGAUAUACCAGUCAGGGCCAUGCCCGACGACGAUGAGGGAGUCGAGGAGGAGCCCGAGACGGAGCCGGAGCAAUCACUGCCCGAGGAUCUGCUGCACUUUGGCAGCAGUGGAGUGGCCACCAAUGCCACUACAACGGACAGCGAGGGACCGGUGCCGGCCACCACAUCCGAUGAUAAUGUGGUGUACGGCUCCUCCAGCACAACCAAUGCCGCACCGCACAAGCUGAAGACCAAGAAGCUGGAGCACAAGAUCAAUCUGAUAGCGGCCAUCGAGGCGGCCACCUCCUCGUCCACAUCCUCGGCGGAGGAGAGCAGUGUGGAGACGACGGUACAUCCAGAUCCUACGGGCCUCGGUCUGGGCAUUGGCCUGCAAUCCCAUUCGCCGGGCGCUGCAGUCGGUGCUGGAAGCUCGACCACGGGUGCCGCUACAACUGCAUCUCUGCCCGCUGCCGGUGGCGUUACCUCUGUGGGAUUGGCCGUAGGCGUGGCCAGCCCACCGAGUGCCACAAAGAAGAAGACGAAGCGCCGGAAGAGAUAAGAAUUAGCGAUCUGUUUGCUGUGCGUCUUUAGCCUGGUGGUGCUGUGGCAUCUGUACGCCGCCAAUCGACAGGAUGGAGCACCCACUGCCCAUGCGCUCCAACAACAGCAGCAGCAGCAGGCGCAACAGCCGCUGCAGCCGCCGCCACCGGAUCAUCCACCACCAUCGGAGGAGCCAGGCACAGCCAUUUUUCAGCCCAAUCCCAUGCUGAAGCAGGAGGAAGUUGAGCAGCCGGUGGGCAGAACCAGAGCCAAGUAGAAGAGCAAUGGACGCCAAGCAAACGAGUGCAGGAGGUCACUACUGUGAGCUCCACACAAGAGAUUCGCAAACUAUAAACAUGAGAUGGAGAUGGCAACCACGACAUGAUGAUGACUCUAGAUUCUUAGAUUUGUAGCUGAGUGCAAGAAAAGUAUAUCAUUUCAGUAAACGCGAAACAAAAAGAAAACCAACAAAAAACAAAACAAAACACAAAACUCUGCAAAAAAAUUGUGAUUUAUCGAAAAGAAAAACAACAAGUUAGUUAUAAUGCAUAAUUUAAAGCGAAACGAAACAUAAACAAAAAAGAAAAACAAAACGACUGUAGCUACUCGUUUAGACAAAAAACAUAAAAGAAUUAAGGAAAAGCGACAAAAAUAUUUAAAUACUAACCGAUUUUUAAGUGCAAAGUUAUAUUGUUAGCUAUACAUCUCUAGAAAUUAAAAGUAUAACAAUAUAUAUAUAUAUAUAUAAACCAGACACACACAUAUAUAUAUACAUACAUAUAUAUAUAAUAUAUUGAAAAAGGCCUAAAAGUAAAAACAAACUAAUUAAUGCUCUCAAAUUGUACAUAAAAGGCGCCCGAAAAUCCACUCAGUGUGGAAAUCGAAAUUUGUAAAAUUGAUAUCCUGCCCCUUAGCUAACACACACACACACACACACAUGCAGCUAAAGCUUGCAGGACACACAGUUGGAAUUUAAUGGUUAAAUAGUAAUAUUCAGACCCAUAAAUGGGUGGUAUUCAAUAGAACGAACGACUUUUCCCCCAAACAAAACUACAUUUUCCUGCCCAAGAAGCCAACUGCGUGUAAGAACUACUGCAAAGCGACUAAUGACUAAACUAUGUGGAUUAUAAUACUAAUUGUCCAAUGUCACAAUUGUUUAAACUCGUUUUCUAGGCUUUGCUUUCGUUAAGUUUUCUCCAUACUCGUUCAAGUUUCAUAUAGAUCCUCCCAAACUCAAGGUCUCUUUUUUAAAUCCUAUUUUUUUUUUGUUUGUUAAUUUAUUCAUUUUAUUUGAAAUGGUCUCUGUUUUGUUUUUAUUUCGUUUUAAUUUCGUAAUAUGUUCUGUUUCUUGAAAAGAUUGUAAAAAGUGAGGAAAUCAAUUGUUUUCUGUAUAUAAAUAUAUGUAUAUCGUAUAAAAAUUACAUCUAACUCGCAGUAUUUAUGAUUUACGUUUGAGAGAUGGAUGAAAAAAGGAGGCAAGGAAAUCGCUAAACACUAAAAUUUAAUUUAAUUAAAUGAUGUAUGAUUAAAUAAAUGCAAUUUUAGUUAAAACAACAAA